GGUUGGAUGGGAGAUCAUAGUGAUGUCAGGACAGGGAGGGCUUACCGCAGGAGAUAAGGCCAGCUAAUGGAGAUGAAAUGAAUCGGUAUUUAAAAGGUCUCUUUUAGUUAAGGCACUUUGCUGGCAGCAGAUUGUGCUCACUCCAGUCCGCUGCCCAGUUGGAUGCUGAAGGAGAAACAGAGAAGAGAUAAAUUCUUAAAGAUUUGAAAUCUUUCAGGUCAUUUUGGGCACAUUUUAUGCUUUUUUUUAUUUUCACCUGAAUUGCAACAACAUCAGCUGCAAGCUCUGCUAACCUGAAGCAUUCCUUUGGCGGUUGAAGGUGGUGUGUUUGUGAUGACCCCACGGGAGCAGCUGAGGAAGAUGACAGCGAUGGGUGAACAGGGGACUCUGGAUGAGAAGCACUGGUAUCGGCUGGUCAACGGCAUUUCAGCUGGUGAGUUAAGGCACAGGCAGGAGCUGAUAAUGAGGAACCAGAUGGCCAUGGCUCCACAGAUCCUCGCCCAGGGCCAACAGAGGUUACAUGGGGUCCCAGCGCAGUUCGAACCCCGCUUUAUGGAGAGGGAGUUGGUCCCUCAAACAGAGAUGGUAACAUCCGAGGCGAGGCAGAUGCAUUUGGGCCCUCACCUCGGCCCACCUCUUCCACCCCAUGCCAAUGUCAUGCCUGGCAGAGCAUUCCCAGGACCAGCUGGCUAUGGCUUCCUGCCCUCAGAACCAAUGGAAACAGUCGCCCGGCGACAGGAGCUCAUACACAAGCAAAACAUAGCAAGGAUGGAGAUGAAUGCCAUCCUGCACCAGAAAGAGAUGGAGAAUGCACACCAAAAAGGACUGAUGGGGAUCGAGAAUCCUAUGUCGUACCCUUCCAAUCCCAUGCUCUUCAGAGGCCGCCAGCGCAUGCCAGACAGCCACGACGUCUUUGUCCACCGUCCCUCCCUGGAUGAGCUGCAUUCCAACAGCAUACUCAUGUCAGCCAGCCCCUACCCACCUAUCAGCUCACUGCACAGAGAGAGAGGUCGGAGGGCUGGAAGGAGGCCCGCCGUUCACAAGAGCACAGAGAACCAGGCACCAAACCUGAAGUGUCAAACUGAAGACAAAAGUGUAGAGCAGAGUCCAGAGGCCACGUCUGGAGAGGAGAAAGAGUUGGAGGCAAAGGGGGACGUGGGAGAGGAGUGUGGCACAAGUAAGACACACCAUCAGGUGAAAACAGAGUCUGAGCUGACCACAGGAAACAGGAAGAGCUACAAGGAGGGAGAAGCCAGCCUGCGUAAGACCUGUGCCACCACUCAGGAUGGGUGUUCAAAUAUGACCAACAGUGCUUCAAAUGAUAAAGACAUACCCAGUCAGUGUUCUGCUUUCCAGGAAAAAUUCAUUUAUCCUUCCACUGGCGGACCUCUUACAGGGAUGCCUUACGUGUUCCCUGUUGCAGGAAACGGCUUCCUUCCAACUGGUCCACCGAGUCUCUUUCUAAACGGCGAGGAAGUACCAGAGGACAUAAGGAAGUGGACGGUGAACGAUGUUUACAACUUCAUCAGCAGUAUACCAACAUGUUCAGAAUAUGCUCAGAUGUUCAAGGACCACAUGAUUGACGGAGAAACGCUGCCACUUCUUUCAGAGGAGCACCUACUGGACACACUGGGGCUCAAGCUAGGACCAGCUCUGAAAAUACGCUCACAGGUAUCCAGAAGGAUGGGGAGCCUAAUGUACAUGCUAAACCUGCCUCUCUCCAGCACCCCCCUGCAGACGGCCUCCGAAAAGCCCGGGGACCGCUCGCCAGAAAUGGGCUCCCCCGUCAACUGCAACAGCGAGGACAUGGUGGCCAGCCCGAGAGACCCUGAGGUCAUCAAAUCCACAGAGCAUCUUCAUGAGGCAGAACACAGUUCCCCUCCCUCAGCCAGCAGUGAGAUGGUCUGAUCUCAGCAGACUCUAGGGACAAAUAUAAACUGAACCAGGUCCUGGCCUGAUGAGCUGUUCCUGCCACGGCGGUGGAUUUGUUUACAUUAUGAAUUAAUGGGUUAGCAGUUAUAUUUUCUAUUUAAUAUGCCCAUGUAUGUACAUAGUAAAAAUGUGUUUAUUUUGAGAUAUGAGGUAAUACAAUAUUUUACCAUUGGUCUCUUUUAUUUUAUACCUUAUAGUCCCCGAUUGUAGGUUCUAAUUGUUUUCUUAAGCUGCUAAUUCUCUCUUUGUUCAGCUGAGCUAAGAACAGUAGAAAGCAUAUGGUAAACAUUUAACACACCAAGUUAACAAACCGAGAAUGGAUAACUUGUGCAUUUUUAAUCUCUUUGGUACUUUUUUGAAUUUAUUUUAUUAAGAAUAAAAUCUUUUUUACAAAGGAA